AUGGCGGAAGACGAAAGGACCGAAUUAAAUGACAUAAAUACCCUUGCGCGCCAUUCCCUUCAAAAUCGCCGGGAACGCCCACCAGUUUGCCCUAUAAAAUCCGUCCGCCGGAGUCGCGCAGAUGGCGCGCACCCUCUUUAUCUCUCCGGUCCUCUACGCGCCGCUUUCCUAUCGCAGCGACCCUCGCCAGGACGACAGAAAUGCCUUUUCCUUCCUUCGAUUUAUCAAACCCCCUGGUGGUUCGUCUCUCUUCCUUCACCAUCUUCCCCAUCGCCAACGCGCGGAAGCCCCCUUCUCUUCCGUCGGACGAGUCCUGGGUUCCCGUCCCUCCGAUUCCCCCCCGUUGAUCUCAUCGUCAGUGAACGAGAUGAGGAAGAAGAGACGUCCGUCUCGCCGUCGGGAUCGGUUCCGCCCGGUGGCGAUGCCUUCUUUAUAAAGAUCGAGAAGUCCGGCAGGAACCGCCGGAGAGUCCGGGCUAGGGUCCGUAUUGCGACAAGUCUCGAGGCCGUGUGGGACGUCUUGACGGACUACGAACGCCUGAUAGAUUUCAUCCCUGGGCUGGCCGUCUGCCGGUUGAUCGAGAGGAGCGGCGGAUUCGUUAGGAUGUUCCAGAUUGGUCAGCAGAGCCUUGCUUUUGGGUUUAAGUUUAACGCAAAGGGGACCAUGGACUGUUACGAGAAUGAUCUUGAGCUUCUUCCAUUUGGCAGAAGGAGAAAUAUUGAUUUUACCAUGAUUGAAGGAGAUUUUCAGUUAUUUCGAGGCACAUGGUCCAUGGUACAAGCAGAAGAAAGUCAUAGCUCUUCCUUUCCAAGAACAACUUUCCUUUCGUAUAUCGUAGAUGUGGAGCCUAAACUAUGGUUGCCCGUCAGCCUUGUGGAGAAAAGACUCUGCAACGAGAUUGAAUUGAAUCUUCUAAGUAUCAGAGAGGAAGCGCAGAAAAGGUCAGCAACAGAUGCGCUCUCAGAUUUGUCAUAGGUAGUAAAUUCCCUGCAGACGCUAGCUGUUUGGUAUGUGAACGAUCGGAAAGUCCAUUGUUCAGUGUCAUGCUCGUCAUACCCAUUAUCAUGGUGAAACGGCUUAUUACUUUUAGAAGGUGGUGGUCGGAAUGGAACAAAGAAUCAUCAUCAUCUCAUUUUGGUGACUGUUACUGCUCUCGGCGACCACCAUGCCUCGAUCAGGAGCUGUUGUUUUGGUAAUGUCAUGAGCAGAGUUAAACAUGACAAGCUAAAAGCAGUGAGUAGCAUCCGCUCUCCUCGUAGUGGCCAGUUGGCCAUGCCAGUGUGAUUUUUAAUUCUCUCUCACUCUCUCUACCUUAGUAAUUUAUUAUAUUUCCCCUUUUCUUAA